CUCCGUGCCAUAUACUAGUAAGUUGAAUGAUAUGACAUUAACGGGGAAUACAACUCCGCGAACAAUAGCGGAACUCCAAACCCUUGAUUCUUCCCAAUCUACACCAUUGAAGGAUGUAAAACACAUCCCAUCCUGCGGCGGGGUUUAGCUGUACAUGGACAGAUAUCAUACUAACAGUUUCUAUCAAAAAGGAGUCUGAAAGCACUGAUCUAGAAUUAAGAUCCUUAUAUCAUUUACAGCCAUCACGCGACCAUGCCACCGGCCACUGUGACGGAAGACCCCCUUCACCACUCGCAGGCCAACUGGAAACCCGAGGGGCCAGGAACACUCCCAUCUAUCCCGCCGGAUUCAACCUCAUCGUGGCGGCAAGACGUGCACUUUCUAGGCGACAAAGAUGGCAAAGUUGAGCUUCGCAGCCCUCCAACGUUCGGUAAUAUCAGCGACACCCGCACACACCUGAAGCAGCACCUGGUCGCCGCAUUCAGGGUUUUCGCCAGACAGGGCUUCGACGAGGGUGUCGCAGGUCACAUCUCCCUACGCGACCCGGGCAACCCAUCCCGAUUCUGGAUCAAUCCGCUCUCAAUACACUUCUCCCAGAUCCGCGUCAGCGAUCUUGUUCUCGUCGGUGAGACUGGCGAGGUCCUCCCGGAUGGCGCCCAGAAUCCCAUCAAUGGACCGGCAUUCGCCAUCCACCGCGCCAUCCACCACGCCCGACCGGACCUCAAUGCCGCGUGCCACGCGCACAGCGUCUACGGGAAGGCCUUCAGCUGCUUCGGUCGGCCGAUCGAGAUGCUCUACCAAGACGCGCUGCGCUUCUAUAACGACCUCGCGGUGUAUCCACGCUACGGCGGUACCGUGCUCACGGCCGAGGAGGGCGACCGGAUCGCGGCAGCUCUGGGGCCGACCUGCCGUAGUGUGAUUCUACAGAACCAUGGCAUGAUUACCUGUGGGCGGACGGUUGACGAGGCGGCGUACUUGUUUAUUACGUUGGAUCGGUGCUGCCACGCGCAGCUGCUUGCGAAUGCAGCUGUGUGUCCUGGAUUUGAGAAACGGUAUAUUCCCGACGAGCAGGCGGAGUUUGGCCAUAGGAGGAGUGGUAACGCAAAUAAGAUGUGGUUAGCCUUUCAGCCGUAUUAUGACCAGGUGGUGAAGGAGGAGCCGGAUUUGUUGCUGUAAUACAAGCUCCUUCUGCUAGCCCAUCAUAUAUGUAAGAAGGCGUAUAGGUACAGG